AGGACACACCUGCAGUGUGUACUGUAAUAAACUCAGUGUGAUUAACUGACACUUCACUCAGUGUUAGGCUAUGAUCAUUUAGCACUGAGCUCAGUUGCAUACAUUUUUACAUCAGAUUUACUCACUUAGUUUAUUUAUUUAUCCAUCUAUUUAUUAUUAUUAUCAUUAUUAUUAUCAUUAUUAUGGAGAAGGAGGGACGGCCAUCAUGGGAGACUCCGACUCAGUUUGUGCUGGCGUGUGUGUCGUACGCUGUUGGUUUGGGAAAUGUGUGGAGAUUUCCUUAUCUUUGCCAGAUGCAUGGAGGAGGGGGGUUUCUGAUUCCAUACAUCAUCAUGCUCUUCCUGGAGGGAAUUCCUCUUUUCUAUUUGGAGCUUGCUGUCGGACAGAAGAUGCGUUUAGGCAGCAUCGGUGCAUUCACUUCUAUCAGUCCCUACCUAGGGGGAGUGGGGAUUGCGAGUGUCAUCACAUCUAUGUACCUGUGUUUGUAUUAUAACGUAAUUAAUGCCUGGAGCUUCUGGUACCUUUUCCAAUCCUUUCAGGCUGUGUUGCCAUGGUCUCAAUGUCCACUGAACUCCAAUCAUACAGGAUAUUUAGAGGAGUGUGAAAUCGCCACUCCAACGCAAUAUUUCUUCUUCCGUGAGACCCUGAACAUUUCAUCGUCCAUUGAUGAGCCCGGUGUUGGUGUCCACAUGGGUGUGGCACUCUGCCUCCUGCUGGCCUGGAGCAUUGUCUACCUCUUCAUCAUCCAAGGAGUCAAAUCUACUGGCAAAGUGGUCUAUUUCACCGCGACAUUUCCAUACCUGGUUCUGAUUGUGUAUCUGAUCCGCGGUGUCACUCUGCAUGGAGCACUCAAUGGAUUAAAGUACAUGUUCACCCCAAAGCUGGAGCAGUUGGCGAAUCCUCAGACGUGGAUUAAUGCUGCUACUCAGAUCUUCUUCUCUCUUGGUUUGGGGUUUGGUUCUCUCAUUGCUUUUGCGAGUUAUAACCAUCACAAUAACAACUUUGAGCGCCAGACUAUUGUUGUCGCCCUCAUUAACAGUGGAACAUCAAUUUUCGCCAGCAUCGUCACCUUCUCCAUCUACGGCUUCAAAGCCACAUUCAACUACGAGAGCUGCUUAGAGAGGAUGAGACUUUUACUUCUGAACACAUUCAAUCUCCCUGAAGAUGCGAUUGAUAAAGAAAAUGUGACGUCAUGGAUCAGUGUGUUAAAUCACACACACCCUGAGCAGCUUGUGCUCAUUCAACACAAACUAGAGCCCUGCAGUCUGGAGGCUGAACUGGACACGGCUGUUGAAGGCACUGGCUUAGCAUUCAUUGUGUACAGUGAGGCGAUCACAAACAUGCCGGCUUCUCAGGUCUGGUCUGUUCUCUACUUCUUGAUGUUGCUGAUGUUGGGCAUGGGAAGCAUGCUGGGAAACGUGACAGCCAUAAUAACACCACUGAGGGACUUCAAAAUCCUUGCACGGAACUUCAACAAUGCCACACUCAAUGGUCUGGUGUGUCUUUGCUGUUUGCUGCUGGGUUUGGGUUUCACCACACGUUCGGGUAAUUACUGGUUUACAGUGUUUAAUGAGUAUGGUACGACGUUCUCAUUGCUCUUCAUCGUUCUGAUUGAAGUUGUCACCGUUUCCUACAUCUAUGGACUGAACAGGUUUGAGAAGGACAUUGAGGACAUGCUGGGUCAUCGGCCGAACUGGUACUGGAAGAUCAUGUGGGUUUUUGUGAGUCCAUUACUGCUGAUCAGCCUCUUCAUCUUCUACAUUAUAAAUUACAUUCAGGGAGGAACACCGACAUAUCAGGCAUGGGAUAAAACCACGGGAAAGUCAGUAAAAAUGGAGUAUCCUGUUUAUGGUCAGAUCUUCAUUGGCCUUCUCCUUGCCUCAUCAGUGAGCUGUGUGCCCAUCGUAGCUAUUUAUGCGUUCUGUUCGAGACACAAACGGGCAGUAGCAGUAUGUGAGGAAAUCAAUACUGUGUCAUCCACCAUAACACCAUAACAUUCAUCAAAAUACCCACUAUUACAUCCACCACGUGUACUGUGAGAUUCAUCAUAUGAUGUAUUGUAUAGGAAUCAGUAGCUAACUGAGUGAAUUCACAUUAACAUCUAAAACUCUCUACAUUUAGUGUCAUUAGUCAUUUUAACAGAAGAGUAAAUAAACCUGGCAAUUCAGUGUGUUUUAACUUGUUAAAUACACAAUCUAAAUGUACAAUUACAAAUUGUUAUACUUUAAUCUAUAUGAUAUGGAUUUUUUGUAAUUAUACAAAUAGCACUUUAUACACAGUAGUACUGUUAGCAUACACAAUCCAGUUAAAAGAACACUGCAAAUAUGUGCAGUUAUAUAAUAAUUUAAUCCAAAAGCAUGUGAAUUAAACUAUUUUAUUCUGUAAUUUCUGUAAAAUAUUGUCCCUAGGGAUACGAUUAGGGUUAGUUAUUUUAAAGGUAUUCUGUGUAGAAAAAUCAGUAAUCUGGAAAAAAAAAAAUCCUGGUGCUUUUUUGGAGAUAAUUAUAUAUUGUUUGUCUUUAUAAAAAUGUAGAAAUUGUAUUUGAAAUGUGCUGUAUGAGAUGUAUUAUUGGUUGUGUGUUUUUGCACAUGCAAAGCAAUGGAAUACAACACAUUACGUGUUGAAGAUAGGAAAAUCAAAGCACUUGACCAGGUUUGGAUUUUCUGAUGCUAUAAAACUUAAAUGUAAUUUUAUGGCUUCUUGAAAAUAGUGUGAAAUAUUUUCAUGUCAUUAUUCUGUCAUAGUGAAAGUUGCAGCAAAACUCAUUGACAAAAAUUACUCUAAAUUACUCUAAAGAGUAAUUAUAAAAUAUCAAAACAGACUCCAAGAAGUUUAAAAAAGUACAUGAGUAACAGAGUAAACUAGGUAAGGCACAGAACAUAGUAUCAAUGGGUAACAAGAGAACACAAGGUAACUGAGUGUAUACUUUGCAAAGUUCUGGUGAAUAAAGGUUUCUAUUUAAA